AUGAAGGCGGACACUUCACCGCCGCCCGCCAGCCGACCACGAAGCGGGGCGCAGCUCGAGCGCCUUAAUGAGCGAGGCGUGUGUCUGCUGCUGUGUGCCCUGGCGGCCCGGGCCGACGGCGUACAGAAGAGAACCAUCGCCGAGCCCAGCUCCGGCGGCGGCUACGGCGCCGCGUCUUCCGGGGGCGGCUACGGCGCUUCGGGCGGCGGCGGCGGCUACGGCUCCUCCGGCGGCGGCGGCGGAGGAGGCGGCUACGUCGGCGGCUACGACGGCGGGGCUGCGGCCGCCACCAGCUACAGCUCCAGCAACCUGGGCUCCGUCAGCAUCGCGCACGGCGGCAGCGGCGUCGGCGGCGGAGGCGGCGAGGCGCACUACGGCGGAGUGAUAGCCGCCCCCGGCGGGUACGGCGGACACGACGCGGUCGCCUCCGGCGGCCUGACGCUGUCCGCGGGACAUAGCGGCGGCGGCUACGGCGCGUACAGCGGCGCGUACGGCGGCGUCGGGGGCGGCGGCUACGACUUGGGGGCGGCGGGUCACGGCGGCGGAGGCGGCGGCGGCGGGGCGGAUCUCAGCCUGCUGCACGGCGGCGGGGCGAUAGCCAAGCACAUCCACAUCAACAAGCCCGGGCCGGCGCCCAUCAUCAAGGUGGUGAAAGUCCCGGUCCCACACCCGGUGCCCGUGCCGGUGCCCCAUCCCGUCGCCGUGGGCGUGCCGCACCCCGUGCCCGUGCACGUGCGCGUGCCCACCCCAGUAGAGGUGCCCGUCAUCAAGCACGUGCAGGUGCCCGUCGAGAAGCCCUACCCCGUGCACGUGGAGAAGGCCGUGCCCUACGAGGUGGAGAAGCCCUUCCACGUGACGGUGGAGAAGCACGUGGCGGUGCCCGUGCCCAGGCCGUACCCCGUGCACGUGCCCGUCUACAAGCACAUCUACCACGGCAAGCACCACUGA